GCCGCCGCGUCGCGAGGAACGGUCGUCUGAACUGUAGCUUAUCAGAAGCGGCAAAAUGAAAACAAAUCUAUUUUGCUUAUUAUUAUUCCUGUAUACGUACAAAGAAGUGUAUUCUGAUAUCAAUAGCAAGUUCUUCAGAAAAGAUUAUGUGGCGAUAAAUGGGACAGGAGCGUUCUACAAACUGCAUUUCGAGAGGAGGAGUUGGGCAGCAGCCAGGGAAGUCUGUGAGGCUGAGGGGGCGAGCCUCUUCUACCCAGUUGAUGACGACGAGGCCAGGAUUGUCAUGCAGCAUCUGAGGCAGACGGUCGGCGUAUUCAGCCGACUUUUUAUAGGAAUAUCGAAGCCCUAUUCUCAUUAUAUUUUCGAAACAGUUGAUGGCACGUUGAUGGCAGAUGUGUACCAUAAAUGGCGUCCUAACCAGCCAGAUGACUACAACGGGACUGAAGACUGCGUUGCUCUAGACGCUUCCGACGAACUCCUAGAUGACUACCCGUGCGAUGCCAAGUUGCUGUUCCUCUGCAAGAAGACAGAGACAUCUCUGAAAUGGAAUGUUCUCUGUGACAUUCCUGAUCUAGAUUACGAGUACGUGGAUACCCUGGGAAGAUGCUACAAGCUGCAUUUAACACCCAGGACGUGGAGCGACGCGUACGCCGUGUGCCGAAUGGAGCAAUCAUACUUGGCCAUCGCCAAUACACAAGGAGAGGCGAAAUAUUUGGCGAAGCUGAUGGACAGAGCUUCUUCACAUAACGAAAUUGAGUACUCCGGUGCGAUACAUCUUGGGUUCAAGAAAAUUGGAACUUGGAAAACUACACAUAGUGUUCCUCUAUACGAUAGCGGCUACAAGAACUGGGCAAAGGGACAACCUGAGGGAAACGAUAAAAUAUGCGGCUCCAUGUCUAACGACACUCUUCUCAGCGGCGUCAACUGUGAAGACGAAGCUAUUUUCAUAUGCGAACAUGAAAUAAGCCUGCUCAAGUUGAGCAUAGACCUGAAAUUCGGAACAGAUGACGCGGACUAGCUAAUGUUAAAAUUAUACUUUGGCCUAAAACUUUUAUAUCGAUAAGUAUUUAUAAAAAUAGAUUUUUCUGGAACA